AUGGCGGCCACACGGCACGUCAUUGGCGUAGAGGGCAGCCGUCGCCGUAAUGUUUGCCAGGAGGGCACUUCCUCAUCGUCAUCAUCGCCGCCCUCGUCGUCGGCGUCACGGCGAUCUCCCUCGUACUCGCCGUCUUUGCCCGAAUUGGUGCCGUCGUCAUCGCGGUCUCAGUGGAGCUCAGAGGAAGGCGAGUCUUCCCCUAGCACAACGUCGACGUCCACUUCGACUUCGUCGCCACGACUGGCUCAUCUUGAUCGACUGGCUAUACCCAUGUACCGGCGAUUCAUGGAUUCGCCUUCCAAUUCGCCAAGCUCGCUCAGUAGAGUCGCAGCAACAGCAGCAGCGGAAGAGACAUCGACAUCGACGUCAUCGGGGACGACGCCAGCCUCCAAGUUGGUUCCGCCGCCGUCGACGGGAGCAGUCUCACUCGACGCGAUACCGAUGACGACGACGACAUCGUCGACGGGCUCGGACGCAUUGUCAAUGGCAAAGCCAAUGCAUAAUGACCCCCUAAGGAAUCGACGUACCUUGCUCGAGGACCAUCUUUCCCUCCUACACAUCGACCCGCGUCCCACCAUGCCGCCAAGAAGCAGCUCCCAGAAGACGUACUCCGCCUCUGCCUCUCCGCACUCCACCGUAGGCUCAUCAGACGCAACGCCAGCAGCCGUCUCCCUCUCCAACCCUAUGGAGAGCGUCUUUGCUCCCGACGCCACUCCCCAUCAAAACCAUAACGAGCACAUGGCAGAGUCGCCCUCCAACGAGCUGCCCAGUCCCAACGCAGCAGAUAUGGAUGCGCUUCGUGCGAGCGGUGUGGCAAGCCCAGACAGCUGGCGCAGCCUACUACCGGAGCACGACCCCUUCUAUGCUUCAGAGGCCGUACUCGCCGAUUCACAUAGGAGGUCUCGUCUCUCCAGCUUUGCGGGGAGUCAGGCGAGCAGCUCUGGUGGCGGCGGCGGAGGAGGCGGCAGACCGACACUACAGUCGAGGGAGAGUGGAGAGAGCGCCACAAGCGCCGUGAGUGGUACUACGUCGGGGAGCUCGAGGAGGUUGAGUUCGAGCAGUAUGGCUAGUAUUCAUUCGGGAUUUUCCCUGCCUACGAGUGUGGGUGGGGGGAGCAGUGUGGGUGGCGGGAGCGGAGGCCUGCUGGCAAAGGCACCACCUUCGUCUUCAUCAGGGGGGAUGGAGGGGUGGCGCACCCUUCUCCCUGGUGGUGGCGGCGGCGGCGGCGAAGCAGCGGGUGAGGCAAGCAACGCCUCUCGUGCAACUCAACGAAGCCACUCCGGCAUGGCUGGGGCCGCGACCACUUUGCCGGAGAUGCCCUCCUCCUCGAGCUCCAGCCUAUCAAGGUCCAACGGCACCAUCCGCGCACCAGGCACGACCCACGUUCCACUGGUCGUUUCUCCCUCUCCCUCCCUCUCUCCCGCCCCGUCUCUCCCGCCACGCAGCACAUGCAAGGCAGCAAUGGAAGACGCAGAGGAGCGGGAGCGCUGGCCUGUCUCUCGCGGCAGUCGGGACUACCAGUUCCUCCAGCGAGCAGAUCCCUCCAAGUACAGCAGCGGUAGCAGUUGUGGCAUUCUCGACGUAGGAGGAGGAGCAGGUAGUGCGGUGGCCUCCCCACCAGCGCCGAGUCACACGACGACGGUGCUGCAGCAGCAGCGAAGCGCUCCAACGUACAUCGCAGACGGGGACGAUGUGCUCGCGUUGACGACGACGACUACCACCACCACUACGACGACAACGACGGUACAUUCCGUCCUCUCUCCUCCGCUCCACUCCCCUUCUCCCUCCCACUCUCAUUCGCAUCCCCACUCUCACCCUCGACCCCUCCCCCUCCCCCCUCCGAGGUGCACCUCCCCCCUCACCCUAUCAGCCUCUCACACCGACACCCACGAUCCUCCGGCGUCGGGCCUCCCCGGCCCUCAACUGAGUAUCGAAACGUCCCCUUCCCGCUACACGCUAAUCGUAGGCGCCCUCUCCUCCAGCGACACCAUGGGCGGAACAACCGCAGGGAAGUUCAGCCUCCACUCCCGCCGAGCGGACAAUACAUUGACCAUCGCCCUCGAGGGGACGGGUUGGUGGAGGAAGGUUGAUUUCGCCGUGGCGGGGGAUGUGAGAUUGGGGGAUGAGCCUGCCCAACCCCAGCCCCAGUCCCAGCAGCGGGGGAAGGGUGAGACUCUAGCGCCCUCCCAGGAGGGGCAGAGGGGCGCAGCCGAAGAAAGAGACGGAGACGAAGAAGUCGACGGCGAAGUCGAAGUUGGGCCGAGGAGUACUGUCCGAGCGGCCUUUGACGGUACGUGGUUGGUGAUCAAGGUCGCACGUCUGACUGGGGAAGCAGGGAGGGCUACGGGGCUUCCCCCCAGAAUAGUGAUUGGUUGA